GUGCCUAAAUUUUCUGAUUGGAGGAUAGGGUGAUGAUGACUGUAUAAUAAAAAUUCGGAAUUAAUAUCAUUCGUAAAAGACCGGUCACUUACCGGCGACCCGGAACCUUGCAUUAAACACCAACGGUAUGUUUUAGCAGGUGAUGCUUGUUUAGUUAAUCGGAGCCAAAGGAUUUUUCUAUUGUAAUUGUAAGUAUCACAACAAAAUCUGCAAAAAGAAAGAGUGAGUAGAUGAUGACAAAGUGUUCGACAGCGAAUCCACAACUGAAUUUGGCACAUACAAUCUCCUUUAAAGGAAUUCAGCAACUUGCAGAAUCUCGUCAAUUUAAGGCUUGGUUCUUGGAUCAGUUUGGAGUGCUUCAUGAUGGGAAACAAGCUUAUCCUGGCGCAGUUUCAACAUUAACAAAAUUGGCUAGCUCUGGUGCAAAGAUGGUGAUUAUCAGCAAUUCAUCUAGACGUGCAUCAACAACUAUGGAAAAAAUGAGGAACCUGGGUUUUGAUCCAUCUCUGUUUGUUGGAGCAAUCACGAGCGGAGAACUAACCUAUCAACACCUUCAAAGGAGAGAUGAUGUUUGGUUUGCGGCACUGGGAAGAUCCUGCAUUCACAUGACAUGGAAUGACCGCGGUGCUAUAUCCCUUAAGGGCUUAGGAUUAGAGGUCGUGGAGAAAGUUAAAGAUGCUGAUUUCAUAUUGGCACAUGGAACUGAAGCUUUGGGGCUUUCCUCUGGAGAAGUGCUGCCAGUAAAGCUUGAGGAUCUUGAAAAAAUAUUGGAGGACUCUGCUCGUAAACAAAUACCAAUGGUAGUGGCAAAUCCUGAUUUUGUUACGGUUGAGGCCAGAGCUUUACGCAUUAUGCCAGGUACAUUGGCAGACAAAUAUGAAAAACUUGGUGGCGAGGUGAAGUGGAUGGGUAAGCCUGGGGAGGUUAUCUACAAAGCAGCCAUGACGAUGGCUGGUGUGGGUGCUAGUGACUGUGUUGCCGUGGGGGACUCUCUUCACCAUGACAUAAAGGGUGCAAAUAUUGCUGGGAUCAAGUCGGCAUUCAUCACUGGUGGAAUUCAUGCUACUGAACUAGGACUUGUUGAAUUUGGAGAAGUUGCGGACCAGUCCUCUAUAGAGUCUCUUACACUUAAAUAUGAUGCUUAUCCAUCAUAUGUACUGCCUUCAUUUUCCUGGUAGUCCAUCUACUGAGUGCUGUCAGAAUCUCGCAACAGUUCCAUAUUAUUAUUGGGAAAUGUUGGCUGGAGAAAGUGCAAAGAUUGUUCAGUGGCAAAAGGAUUACAAGAAACCAGGCACAGCAUUGUUAUGACAAACAAGGGUGCGUAUCUUAUGUGCAAUAAAAUGCUCAUAAUCAUCAUGCAAGUUGGGCCAGCAAAUGAGAAUUCAAAAAUACUGUGCUAAUCAUAUGAUUUUAGUAUUAUGUAGAAAUAUAAAAGCUCACACAGUACUUUGAACUAUGUGCAAUUCAGUUUAACAAUUACAUUGGAAAGCUCUGAUAGCAAUUUUUUAGCAAA